AUGCAGUUCUCCCAACUCCUUGCUAUCGCUGGUCUCGCUGCCAUGGCCUACGCUGCUGCUAUGCCCGCUCCUGAGGCAGCUCCACUCGCAGCCCCCAACGCCGACGCCGAGGCGGACCCUGGCCUCUUCACCGCCCUUCUCCGCGAGGGUUCGCACUGCACCGAGGGCGACUGGCCCUGCGACGACUAG